GAGCUGGGUCCUGAGGGGAGCCAAGGAACUCUGCGAGCCAAGGGCUGCCAGCUUCCUACAGCAUCUGGGGGCCUGCAGUCCUGGGAUCCUCCUCUGGAGUCCUCCAAAGCCCUUUUGUCUCUUGGAGAAACACCCUGACUAUAAAAGCUACCCUUGUGCACAAGGCCUUCUGUCUGAAGCUUUCCUCCUUUGCUCUUGUGACAUUCAGCUCAGCUGUAAGAACAUGUGUGGCCUCCUGCCAUCAGUAGAUGCACCAUCCAAGCCACCCUGAGCAGCUCACAGCUCCUCGAGCAUGAGACAGGAGCGAGUCAUCACGAUGCCAGCACUGCCUCUGGAUGAACUCCAGUUGACAGAAAGGGAUCCCAAGACAGGGAAACUGAGAACUUUACCAGCACUGCACCCAGAAAUAAAAGCAGAUCGGUCUUUUGUGCUAUACAGACCACCACCUGUUGUCAGAGACCCUGCUUUAGUGGAAGAGUUCUUGGAGCGAGCAAAAUUCAUUGCAGAUGACCUCAACUGGCUUCUGGCUUUGCCUCAUGACAAGUUCUGGUGCCAGGUGAUAUUUGAUGAGACACUUCAGAAGUGUCUGGAUUCCUACCUGUGCUAUGCCCCUCGCAAGUUUGAUGCCUUGUUGGAUUGCCACCCAGAGGUGAAUGACAUGCAGAAGUGUCUUCAUCGAAGCGUCUUCCUGACUUUCCUCAGAAUGUCCACUCACAAGGAGUCCAAAGAUCAUUUUAUUACUCCCUCUGUCUUUGGAGAAAUUAUUUACAACAACUUCCUGUUUGACAUCCCUAAGAUUCUGGAUCUCUGUGUGCUUUUUGGGAAAGGAAAUGGUCUCCUGCUCCAGAAGAUGAUUGAAAAUAUCUUCACUCAGCAACCAAGUUACUAUGGUGACCUAGACGAAACUCUGCCCACUGUCCUCCAGGUGUUCAACAAUAUUUUGCACAAGUGUGGUUUGCAGUGUGAAGGAGCCUCUGCUGAGCCCCAGAAAUUGGAAGAAAAAGUGAAUGUGACUCCUGGGAACAUGCCCCUCCAGGAGCUGAAGGAUAUUGUCCUGUAUUUAUGUGACACUUGCACAACGCUCUGGGCGUUUCUUGAUGUCUUCCCAUUGGCUUGCCAGACUUUCCACAAACAUGACUUCUGUUACAGAUUAGCUUCAUUUUAUGAAUUGGCAGUUCCUGAGCUGGAAUCUGCAAUCAAGAAGAGGCACUGUGAGAACAGCAGUGUUUUUGCUGACUUGUGGAGGAGAAUUUCACAUUCCAGAAAGAAGAUGAUGGAAGCUUUUCACAUCCUAAUAAACCAAGUCUGUCUGCAGCCCAUCUUAGAAAGCAGCUGUGAGAACAUUCAGCCUUUUAUUGAGGAAUUUCUACAGAUCUUCACUUCGGUGCUUCAGGAACGGAGAUUUCUCCGUGACUAUGACGAGCUGUUUCCUGUUGAGGACGAUGUCAGUCUGCUUCAGCAAGCAUCCUCCACACUAGAUGAGACCAGGACAGCCUAUAUCCUCCAAGCAGUGGAAAGUGCAUGGGAAGGGGUGGACAGGAAAAAAGCACAAGCCAUUAAAGAUCCAACAGCAUCAGCAGCGUGUAACGGAGCAUCAGCACUAGUGGAGAGCGCCGCUGAGGACAUGGAAGAGCUCGGGGCUGCCUAUGCCUCAGAGGAUGAGUGUGCCGGGGCAGCUGCUGCACCCAUUGCCAAGGUGUCAGGGGUGGAGCUGGACUCUCUGAUCUCUCAAGUCAAAGACUUGCUGCCAGACCUCGGGGAGGGCUUCAUCCUGGCCUGCCUGGAGGAGUACAGUUACAAUGCAGAGCAAGUGAUCAACAACAUUCUAGAAGAUAAGCUGGUGCCAUACUUGGAUAAGCUGGACCGAACAAUGCAAAGACAGCUGAAGCCAGACCCUACUCCUCUAGUCACUUCUCGUUACAAUGUCUUCCAGAAUGAUGAGUUUGAUGUUUUCAGUAGGGAUUCAGUGGAUGUUUCACGGAUACAGAAAGGCAAGCGAAGGGAGAAGGACACGACCAGGAGUUUGCUGAAUGACAAACGCCUGGUUGCUGAGCAGAAGGAGCGCUACAGCCAGUACAGCAUCGUUGUGGAGGAGGUUCCUGUGCAGCAAGGAGAGGCUCAGCUCUACAAGGAGGACUAUGAGGAUGAGUACGAUGACACUUACGAUGGAAACCAAGUGGGGGCAAAUGAUGCUGACUCAGAUGAUGAGCUGAUCAGUAGGAGGCCAUUCACAAUUCCUCAGGUCUUGAGACCUAAAGGACAGGAGGAAGGUCAGGAGGAAGAGGAGGAGGAUGAGGAAGAAGAGGAGGAGGAAGCUGAAAAGGAGAGAACAAAGGAUCACUUUGUGCAGGACCCAGCUGUGCUGCGGGAGAGGGCUGAAGCCAGGCGGCUGGCUUACCUUGCGAGGAAGGGGCACAAGCAGGACAGCUCUGCUGUUGUUGGGAACACGAAGGGCCACGGGCAGAACCGGGAGAUGGCGCAGGAACGAAGGAAGAAGGAAGCAAACAAAAGCACCCGAGCCAACCACAACCGCCGAGCCAUGGCCGACAGGAAGCGCAACAAAGGCAUGAUUCCCUCCUGAGAGACUCGGCACAGGCACUGCAUCAGCCCAGCCCUCUGCUCUGGGGGAGGCAGCUGUGCUCCCUUGCCUCAGGGGGCUGGAUGUGGUUCAAUACCUGGGCCUCCAGCUCAGGUGGCAUCACACAGGCCUGUUGAGGGCUGCCCCUUCACCCGGCGGGCUGCGCCGCCACGCAUCGGACAGGCUGCACCAGCCAUUCCUCUCCUUUUUGUACUAUUUAUAAUCCUGAGAGUUUUUAUUUUCAUACUGGCUCCUUGUCCCCUCUCCACAACUCAAGUGAGCUUCCAGGCCAGGCAGCAAGGCAGCCCUGAGAGCAAAGCUUCCCUGGAACAGCCCUCGCAGCGUUGUGCUCCGCUGAACGCCUUAUCCCCAAAUCCAGCUUUGGAAGGCUGAUGGGAGAACAUUUGGGCUGUUCCCUCUGCUGAAGACACACAGGAGUUCAGGUGAAUAAGAUCUUGUCAUACAUUUCUGUCCCUGGAGUGGGAGGUGUGAAAAGAGAACAAUAAAUGACUUAAAUCUUCUAGUUGGUGUUUGGGGCUCUUAGGAACCAGAUUGAUCUCUUAACUUAGAGGAGCUUCAACAAGCCUUUGAAUGUGCUGUAUCUGCAGGCAGUGAAAUUCACUCACUGUUUGGUGUUGGCUUAGUGGAAUGAGAUCUAACCACAGCCACUGAGGCUAAAGGUACUUGAAAAUCAGGAUCAGGGCAUCCUAGGCAAGGUAACAGCAGUGUGGAAAUCAGAGUUGAAGGCAGCAGGGUUGGAGUCCCCGGGGAGCUGCCUCCUCAAUAACCACUUGUCACACUCUGUGAAGCAGAACUGCCCUGAUCAUGGUGUUUGCUGUUGGGAAGGCUGGGAGCUAAUAGUAAACAGUUUGUACAAACAGUUUGUAGUAGCUGAAAGCACGUCUCCUGAGGGCCAUCUCCUGUUAGGAAGUUGAUCCCUAGGCAGGGAGGCACACAAAUUACUGAGUUUAUUUUGUCACCUGUUUGUGAGGUCCUCGAAUGCUACAGCAAAGGGUUGUUACACUGUGCCUAGGCAAGCCUGGAGUAUGUGCCAGCAGCUGGUGAUAAAACUGCUCCAGUUGCUGCUGUCACAAAGCAUUAGCACGUUGUUGGAGUGGUGUCCCUGUCAUGGAAGUGAGCUUUCAGGUACACAAUUACACUUUGCUCGGUUAAUCUGCUCCCAGGGCCAUGUUCCCCCCACCCCUGGGUGGUUUUCCUUGCACUGCCAAGGUGCCUGUGGUUGUCAUCUGCAUGCUGAGGAAAUGAGCAGUGGGUGCUGUAGCAUCAGAGCUGCUGUUGCAGCCCCAGGAUGAGCGUUUGGCGAUAAGCUCUGUAGGCAGGUCCCUUGCUGCCUGGAUUUAUGCAGAGGGCAGGGACUCCAGGGCUGUGUGAGUGCUGCUGCCCAACACUAUUGUGCUGGGGCUUUCAGAGUGUGAAGUGGCUGUCACUGCUAUGCAAAUGAUAUCCCUAGUGCUUGUAGGACAAGACUUUGCCUAUUGCUACUGCCCUGUUCCCCUCACAACAAGGGACAGGAACCAGGGGAUUACAUUUACCAGCUUCCACUGUGGAGGGAAACCACCUGCUAGGGUAACCAACUCUCUGCUCUGCUGUAGCUACUGUUCUCUGGCCAAACAGCUUCAGUUACUCUCUGCCAGGCUCCCACAAAGCUGUCUCCCCUUCCCUAAUACUGUAUUCAUCUUCAGUUCUUGCUUCUAAGAAGCUGCAAGGCUCUAUCAGCCACUCAGCAUAGCGUGAAGCUAUCAGCACUGCAGCCAGAGCUGCUCCUAAAGCAGCCAGCCUUACACUGCACAGGAUUAGCACAAGAAAGCUUAAACCAUUGCUCUUAAGCACCUCUAUAAAAGCACAGCUGGGGCUGGGAGAGCUGCAGUUGGGUUGUUUGCUCAAAAAGCACAAGCAGAAUGUUGUUAAAAUCUUUGUUGUGUUCUUAAGAGUAAAUGUUUUACUCCUGACACCUAUUUGCAAAGCUAAUAAAGCUGCUUUCAUUA